AACUCAGCUUCUACAAUUACGUUGGUAUCCUCACCUCAAUCCCUUUGACGCCGCGCAUCCGUCAAAAUGGCUCGUAACUCGGAAAAAGCUCAGUCUAUGCUGUUUCGCUUCCGCGAAGCCCAAGCAGCAGACUUAGGCAUCAUCGACGCCGGCCGCACACGUCGCCCCAAGCUCAUCACCGAAGUGGCAGCCAUCCCCGCCUGUGAAAAAUGGCGCGGCCAAGUGCUCAAAGAAAUCUCGCGGAAGAUGUCACGGAUCCAGGAUCCUAUUCUCAGCGACUACCAGAUCCGCGAUCUCAACGACGAAAUCAACAAGCUCAUGCGCGAGAAGCACAUGUGGGAGAUCCAGAUACGCAACCUCGGCGGCCCGAACUACAUGCGCGGUGGAGGCAAGAUCUACGAUGAACAAGGACGCGAAAUACCCGGCAGCGGAAAAGGGUACAAAUACUUCGGCAGGGCGAGAGAACUACCCGGUGUGAAGGAACUGUUUGAAGCAGCGAAGAGCCAGGGUGAUGAGAAGCCGCUCGAGGAGAGGCGCGAUAUGAGGAGGAAUGUCGACGCGGCGUAUUAUGGGUAUGCGCCUGAUGAGGAGGACGAGGAGAUGCUCGCGUACGAGGCGGAGAAGGAGAGGCAGGCGGUUGAGCAUCUGCUCAAGACGGGGAGUAAGGAUGUGCCGGAGGGGUGGGAGCCACUGCCGGGGGAUAGCGGUGAUGGGAUUACAUGGGAUUUGCCGACGUUGGAGGAGGUGCAGGAGGAGUUGAUCGAUCGGAGGAGAAGGAAGCUUUUGGAGCAGUUGUGAUAUUGUUCUCCGUGUGUCAUCGGAGAGGAGAGGGACAGGAAGUUGUAUUGUAUUGUUGGUUGUUGGAUCAGUUGGGGCUUCACAUUCACGGCGUUCAGGACGGUCACUUAUUACAGGCGUAUGGGACUCAUGAUACUUGUCGAAAAAGAACAUCUUCUCAAUCUUGCAUUUCGCCCUUCUUAAGCGACAUCACCAACCCUUAACUGAAGCUGUGGAUAAGCGGUUAUACCGAGCUGUCAGUUAUAGCUGUCAACCCGGAUAUCACAGAUUCCGGGUAUAGCACGGACGAGAUAUACAUCCACCAAACAAAAACAACAGUUACAGAGUGCAUGAACCGCCAAGGGUGUUUUAAGCCCGUCAACGUUACCUGUUUCGUUUCAUACACCAAUGAACACUAAUAAUACAUCAUCCACAAUCUCAAGCGAGAUUCACACUUGAAAGUCAAAAGAGAAAGGAUUUUGUGAAAGAGUGACGAUCUUCAUUGGUGAUAACCCCCCUUGUGACCCCUGUUGUGAGGAGAGACCCCUGAAGGUCCUGAAGCUGACGGUGAAGCGCCACGCAGGUGAGUGCGCAGAUGACGCCUUUCUGUCCAGGGGUUAGAAGGAUAGAUGAGGAUUGAGGAUGCAGUGGAUGAUGGAUGGUUAUCGGAUUAAAAAAUUGGCAUUUCGAG